AUGAGUAGAUGAGAACGUGAAGUUAAUACAGUUCACCAAAUCUUCCUUAUUAGCUUCCCCUUCUACCUGUGCAUCUAUAAAUAUUUCAGAGAAGAAGAAGAGGAGGAAGGAAGAACCAGACGAAAAUGAAGGAAACUGAAGCUAAAAGUGAAAAGGUGGACCAGAAAAAGCCCACAGUGUGUGUCCUUGAUGCAUCAACCUAUGUGGGUUUCUGGAUUCUCGAAGGGUUGUUGUCUAAAGGGUACACAGUUCAUGGAGCUAUCCAAAAAAAUGGAGAGACGGACAUAGUGAAGAAAAUAAAGGAUUUGGAGAGGGAAAAGGAGAGAUUGGUGGUGUUUGCGGUGGACGUGUUGGAUUAUCACAGCAUUCAGGAAGCUCUGAAGGGCUGUGUUUCUUUGUUCUGCUGUCUGGACAGUCAAGAUGGCUAUGAUGAGAAAAUGGUGGAUUUGGAAGUGAGAGGAGCUAUCAAUGUGGUGGAGGCAUGUGCCCAAACAGAGUGUAUAAAGAGGAUUAUGUUCAAUUCUUCCUUGACUGCAGCAAUCUGGAGAGAGGAUAUCUGCUCAGAGAAGGAUGUUGAUGAAAGGGCUUGGAGCGAUCAAGACUUCUGCAGGAAAAAGAAGUUGUGGUAUGCAUUGGCAAAGACACUCUCGGAGCAGGCUGCGUGGGCUCUAGCCAUGGACCGAAUGCUCAACAUGGUGUCUGUGAACGGUGGAUUGGUACUUGGAUCCAGUGUUGCUCAGAUGAAUCCCCGGGUGACAAUGUCUUACCUUCAAGGGGCUGCUCAGAUGUAUGAAAAUGGCGUCUUAGCAGUGGUGGACAUAAAGUUUCUGGCUGAUGUUAAUAUCCGAGCUUUUGAGGAUCAGUCCACCUGUGGGCGAUACUUCUGCUUCAGCCAAAUAGUGAAUACUGAACGAGAAGCUGUCAAACUUGCCCAGAGCCUGAGUCCUCUGAUCUCCUUACCAACUAGGUACGAAUGCCAAGAGAGUGAAGUGCAAGCUGAGAGACUGAGGAACAAGAAGUUGAACAAGCUGGUUGAAGGCACUGCCUAUUAGCAUCAGCUUUUGCUAUUUCAACAAGCUAGCAUUUGCUUCACUGCCUAUUAGCAUCAGCUUUGCUAUCUCAACAAGCUAGCAUUUGCUUUCUUCUUCUUCUUCUUUUGAUCUUUUAUCAGUGCUUUGUUAGCCUAUUUGGAAAUGGUAGUUUCCCAUCGAUCUUGCAUCUUACCUAUAAUAUGUGGUGUCUUUGUAUCUAGAAUGUAGGAAGAUCUCUUGGAAUACUUAGAAACAGAAAUGUUUCACAUGUUUGCUUUCGUUGUUAAGAGAUCCCCAUCAUUCCAUUCGGGAUUUUGUUAUUUGAUGUAAAAAAAUAUUUGAGAUAGUAUGAUCCAAUGCAUUUUGUUUUUGUUUGUGCA